AUGGCAACAAAUAUUGUUUCUGGAUUUCUGGCGGACGGCUUUAACUAUCCAAAUUGGAGUGUUUGUAUGAAGAAUUAUUUAAUGGCUAAUAAUCUCUGGGACAUUGUUGAAGCAACUACUGAAGCUCCUAAUCCAGAAGAGGCUGAAGCUGAAUUUAAGGCUUGGAGAAUGAAGAAUGCUGCUGCUUUACAUGCUAUUCAAAUAUCAUGCAUGCCUCAUAUACUUUUCCAGAUUAAGGAAAUCAGUUCAGCAAGGAUUUGUUGGGAUACUUUGGCCACAAUGCAUGAGGUAAAGUCACCAGGAGAUCAAAUACUGCCAGUGGAAGUGCUAUUACAGCUGCCAGCAGCAGUCAAUCCAGCAGGGACAGAGAGAGAUGUUUAUGUUGAAUUUCGUCCUCUACGCAACGCUAUUGAGAUAGGUGAUUUAAAUGCAGUGAGAGAAUUCCUUCGCCAUCGUCCAGAUGCAGUAUGCAAAAAGCUUAUAGAUAAUGGUUUCACGGCACUUCAUCUUGCUACUUCAACCGGAAAAUUGAAGAUGGUGGAGGAGUUGGUCGAGUUGUUGACAGAAGAAGAGUUAAAAGUAACCGACAGCCUUGGUGGUACAGCUCUUUUACUGGCUGCUGCUACUGGAGCCACAAGAAUUGCAGAAUGCAUGAUUAAAAAGAGCAGUGAGUUGAUUAGCAUUCCCGGAAAAGAACACAGCCUCCCAGUUAUAGUGGCAUGUACCUGCCGCCAUAAGGAUAUGGCCAGAUAUCUAUAUUCCAUCACUCCAUUUGAAUUGCUUCGUCCAGAAAAAGGAGUAUAUGGAUCUUUGCUUCUUUAUGCGUCUAUUUUUAGUAAAAUGUUUGACAUUUCACUAGAUCUUCUCCAGAAAUGCCCACACUUAGCUACUACAUCAAGCCAUCUGGGAAUCACACCUCUGAUUCAAUUAUCUGGUCAGAGUGAUUUAUUCCCCAGUAGUGUCCGAUUUGUCUUCUGGAAACGAUGGAUCUAUUCUUGCAUUCAGGUGCAACUACCUGCUGCCCAGCAUGCUGAUGUUCGAAUAUCGAUUCCACAAGAUGGCCACACGCAUCCUGAGAGCAUGUUAGUACGAAGUAUGCUUCUCAGUUCUCACACACACUAUGCAAAGAGAUACUCAACAUAUAUCAUAUAUGAUCCCAAGCCAUCUUCAACUAAAUACUUCGUUUGUUGGACCCUUUUCUUUUUGUAUGUUUAUAAAAAUGAAAAUAAUGGGGAGAUAAUCCAGGGCUAG